AUGUACGAUCGGGAUCCGGAUGAGUGUGAUACGAGCGAGUUUCAUGUGUUUCUCAAACGGUUAGAUUCGACCGGGCCGAAUUCGGCUCGACCGAAUCGAAGCUUCAGUCUACGGAUUGGCGACGGCAAGCUUACAUCGGCUGGCACGGACUCGGUCGGCACGAAUGGUCACAACCAGUCCAUCAAAUAUAUCGAUACCACCCCGACCAAUUCGAAAUCCCCGCGUACUCCGCCCACCACUCGACCGGAGCGUAAUUCACUAUCUCCAACCUCCGCGGUGAUCCGCAGUUCUAGACAUCCAAGCGGUGAACAACCGAAGUUUGUCGACUCACCACGGAUCAGCGGUAUGCCGCGAUCCAAUUCUUCCUUGCCAGUCGAUCAGUUUCAUCAACAGCAUCAUUUUCCGCACCAACCGUUCACAACGACCACCGUGAAUGCACAAUUGGAUGCAUUUCGCGGCAAAACUGAUUUUGCACAUCCUGAUCACGGACGUUCCCGACCGGAAGUCGUCACUCCGGUCGAAGCCAAAUCAACCACAACCGAUCCGACUGGACGAGGCUAUCGUGCCCUGCCCUGUACCGAACGAUGCGAGAAGCAGUUGUGUGAGAUUGUGACCACAAAAGCAACUUCUGAAGAAUACGGUUAUCUCACCACGGGGCCAUAUAGUCGAAGUGGAUCAGAAGUAUCCCGAAGUUCCAGUAUUCACUCGUUCGCUUCCAGUUCCACAUCCGCACAACCGGGGACAACCAAUAACGGCUCUUUGCCCAGUCUAGUCAUAGCACAGCAACGAACGGCCACGAACAGUAUGGCCAGUGCCACUGGCAGGCUGCCCCGUCCCGGGGUGGCGGAUUAUGGUUCACGCGCAUCGAAUUCCUCAUCCCCGUAUGUGACCGAGUCCAGUUUGAGUGGUGAAAGCAAUGCGGGUUGUGUGGCGGUCGGUUCUGAUCCAAUUACUCCGAAACCGGGUCGAACUGCACCAACAGCACGGUGGACGGGCAAUUCAAUGACCAAUUCAACUAACCAGUCCUAUACGGCACAGGCUAGUGGUGGAUCCAAAAAGAUGAACAGCAUGGAAAGUGUGUACGGUCGUGGGUUCUCGCGUGACAGUCCUCGAGGUGUGGUGGUGACCCGGCGAGAACCGGAUGAUUCCGAAUCGAAGCCUACACUCGAGGUAGUGGGAAGACCACGUGUUCUACUGGAAUACGGAGACUUAUAG